UUCAGUGGGCCUGAGAUGUGUUUCCCCUGGAUGUGCACGUCCCUGCUUCUGGCUUAUCACAUCUCGUUUGUUCUGUGUGAGUAGGUAGAAAAUGAGCAUCACGGACGUGCUCAGUGCUGAUGACAUUGCAGCAGCCCUCCAGGAAUGCCAAGACCCAGACACUUUUGAACCCCAAAAAUUCUUCCAGACGUCAGGCCUCUCCAAGAUGUCAGCCAGUCAGGUGAAGGACGUUUUCCGGUUCAUAGACAACGACCAGAGCGGGUACCUGGAUGAAGAGGAGCUUAAGUUUUUCCUCCAGAAGUUUGAAAGUGGUGCCAGAGAACUGACCGAGUCAGAAACCAAGUCCUUGAUGGCUGCUGCGGAUAAUGAUGGAGAUGGAAAAAUUGGAGCAGAGGAAUUCCAGGAAAUGGUGCACUCUUAAAAGCCCCAGUGUCUGCAGAAAAGAGAGAAAGGAAUGAUCACCUGGAAGGAUUCCAAAGCCCUGGGAAUGGGGAACCCCACAUCCUACCCCUACCUAAUUUGUUAAUUUCCCAGAAACCUUCUGCAGUUUGCUCAUUGUUUCAGCGAGGUCAUGAGUCACUCACAACGUUCUCGGUGGUGGAUAUGCCCUGACGACUUCUGUAAGCCCCCAUCCCCCAAUAGGCAAUGCCUCUAAAAAUCACCCAAUAAAGACAGGCUUCUCAUCA